CUUCGACUAUUCCACAGUAAGAAAUCGCGCCGUUUUUCCUGUAAUAUGAUGAAAUCUAUUAAUACCUUAAUAAUUUAAAAGGGACUAAUUUCAUUUCAUUUCUUCUCCCUCUUCCUCUCCUUCAAGAGAGAAAAUGGUAGAAGUAUUAAGAGGAGUACCUCUAUUAUACCAACAAUACAAAGCAUUACUGAAAAAAAACUUACUACUUUCAUGGAGAAACAAAAGAUCAACGUUUAUGCAAUUAUUCUCAUCCUUAUUCUUCAUAUUUCUAAUCUUUGCUAUUGAAAAAGCAAUCAGUUCUAGAUUCUCAGGUACAUCUACCUACGAAAAUGUUUUUGAUCCAGAAGCUUUGGUUUCUCCACCAAUACCACCUUGUGAAGAUAAGUUUUAUGUUAAGCAACCUUGUUAUGAUUUCAUAUACAGUGGGAAAGGAAAUCCCAGAAUUGAAGAUAUUGUUAGUAAGAUUAUGAGUAAUAAUCCUGGUAGACCAAUUCAAACUGAUAAGGUUCUAUCAUUUGUUACACGUAAGGAGGUCGAUGAUUGGCUUUUCAAGCAUCCUAUGCAAGUACCCGGAGCUUUGCACUUCAAUGUUAGAAGUGCUACUGUACUAAGCUAUGGCGUUCAAACAAACUCAACUGCUGUUAGAAAACGGGGAAAUAGUGAAGACCCUACUUUUAAAUUUCAAGUUCCACUUCAGAUUGCUGCAGAGCGUGAGAUUGCGAGAUCCCUUCUUCAAGUUCCAGAUUUUAGUUGGACUGUUGGGCUUAAGGAGUUUGCACAUCCUGCUGUUAGAACUUUCUCAGCGGUAGGAAUUGUUGGACCAACCUUCUUCCUUGCGAUUGCCAUGUUUGCGUUUGUGUUUGAAAUUGGUGCUUUGGUCGCAGAGAAAGAACUUAAGCUGCGUCAGGCUAUGUCUACAAUGGGUCUUUACGAAACUGCCUAUUGGUUGUCAUGGCUCACAUGGGAGACUGUUACCACUUUUAUCUCCUCACUUUUCAUUGUUCUGUUUGGGAUGAUGUUUCAGUUCGACUUUUUCCUAAAUAAUAGUUUUGGAGUUCUUUUCUUUGUUUUCUUCCUUUUCCAGAUAAAUAUGGUUGGCUUAGCGUUCCUGAUUUCCACUUUCAUUAGUAAGGCAUCAUCGGCAACGACGGUUGGUUUCUCCAUAUUUAUUGUCGGCUUUUUGACCCAGCUUGUUACAACAUUUGGAUUUCCUUACACUGAUAGCACCUCUAUGAUUUAUCGGAUUGUUUGGUCUCUCUUCUCUCCUAAUCUUCUUGCUAAAGCUCUUAAAACACUUGGAGACGCGACAGCUACUUCCGAAGAUAGUGGGAUCAGCUGGAGCGGUCGGUCACAGUGUCCAGUGACUGAGACUGAUUGUGUGAUAACAAUUGCUGACAUAUAUACAUGGUUCGUGGCGACCUUCUUUCUUUGGUUUCUUUUGGCUCUGUACUUCGACAACAUAAUCCCAAAUGCAUCAGGCGUCAGAAAAUCAUGCUUUUACUUCUUGAACCCACGGUACUGGACUGGACGAGGUGGAGGCAAGGUAUCAGAGGGUGGCAUUUGUAGUUGCACGGGUGCAAUUCCACCAUUGGAAGAUACUAAUCCAGAUGAUGAAGAUGUCCGCGAAGAGGAAAGUAUCGUAAAACAGCAAAUGGCUGAAGGAAGUAAUGAUCCAAAUAUCGCAGUUCAGAUACGUGGUCUUGCAAAGACGUACCCGGGGACACUAGAUAUGGGUUGCUGUAAAUGCAAGAGAACAUCUCCUUACCAUGCUGUCAAGGGGUUGUGGGUGAACUUUGCAAAGGAUCAGCUAUUUUGUCUUCUAGGACCCAAUGGAGCUGGGAAAACGACAGCGAUUAAUUGUUUGACUGGAAAUACACCCGUCACAGGAGGAGAUGCGUUGAUUUAUGGUUAUUCUGUACGAAGCUCUCUUGGAAUGUCAAAUAUUCGAAGGUCGAUAGGAGUUUGUCCACAGUUUGAUAUCCUUUGGGAGGAAUUAUCCGGACAAGAACACCUUCAUCUCUUUGCUAGUAUUAAAGGCCUCCCCCCUGCUACAAUCAAAUCGGUUGUUGAUAAAUCCCUAGCCGAGGUGAAGCUUGCUAAUGCAGCAAAAGUUAGGGCGGGAAGCUGUAGUGGAGGGAUGAAGCGUCGGCUCAGUGUUGCAAUAGCUCUUAUUGGAGAUCCAAAACUGGUUUUCUUGGAUGAGCCGACUACUGGAAUGGACCCAAUCACCCGGAGGCAUGUGUGGGACAUCAUAGAGAAUGCUAAGAAAGGGCGUGCAAUUGUUCUUACGACUCACUCAAUGGAAGAAGCUGACAUUUUAGGGGAUCGCAUAGCAAUUAUGGCUAAGGGGAAGCUCCGAUGCAUUGGAACAUCAAUCAGGUUGAAAUCACGGUUUGGGACUGGUUUUAUUGCUAACGUGAGCUUCCUUGAGAGCACUCCAGGACAAACUCCUCUGAAUGGACAAACUCUUAGAAAUGGGGAGGCAAAUGGUGCAACUCAACCUCAUCACGUGGCUGUGAAGCAGUUCUUUAAACAACAUUUGGAUGUAGUACCCAAAGAGGAGAACAAAUCUUUCUUAACGUUUGUUAUUCCUCAUGAAAAAGAAGGACAACUAACAAAAUUUUUUGAGGAGCUUCAAGAUAGAGAAAGAGAGUUUGGGAUAUCUGACAUCCAACUCGGACUUACAACCCUUGAAGAGGUGUUUUUAAAUAUAGCAAAACGAGCAGAGCUAGAAAGUGCAGUGGCAGAGGGGACUUUAGUGACUCUGACUUUAACAUCUGGGUUACUACUAGAGAUACCAAGAGGAGCAAGGUACGUUGGUAUUCCUGGAACAGAAUCUACAGAAAAUCCAAGAGGUUUUAUGGUUGAAGUAUACUGGGAGCAAGACGAAACCGGUGCAUUAUGCAUUUCAGGUCAUUCGCCUGAAUCUACUGUACCCAGAAAUGCUCAACCAAUCGCUGCAGCUACCACACCAGUCUUGACUAGGCAAAGGAGUUUCUUAGGCAGGACGCAACUUGUUCAUGGUAUCAUCUUUGAUCCUUCUGAAAUCGAGGGCUCAAAUCGCCGGUAAACUUUCCGACAUUUACAGCAAUUGCAGUAUUGUACCACCACUAGCUUAUAGUGUCAUACGUGUUUGAUACUUCAUUUUCUUCUUCCAGUUAUUAUUUGAUCAGUGUGCUAUAAAUUUUUCCUUAAUUAUCAUGUAACAGAAACCAACUACAGUCUAGCUCCUUAUUUUUUUGCCCGUCUUAUUUUUGUUUUUACUCGCUACUGCGUCAUGAAUAUUUGUAUUCUUAUGGAUGUAAUUAUAUGUAGAAAUGCUUUCUAUCUUUGAUACAACA